AUGGCGGCGAAAGAUUUCUUGAUCAAGAAUUUUCUGAUUAUCGGCCUCUUGGCCGUCAUCACUUUCGGUUUGGUAUGUCCAUCUCCAGGUGAAUCUCUGGAUGGCAUUCAAAUCGGAACCUUUCGCUUGCCGCAGGUGGCAGUCAUUGUCAUCUUCAUUGUCAGUGGCCUUUGCUUGGACUCAAUUUCCGAAUGCUUGCAGUACAAGGCCUUGACGUUGUCCAUUGUGUUGGUCCUCGGAGUGACGCCUCUUCUGGCGUGGCCAAUUUUGCACUUCGGGCAUGGUUAUGUGGAGGAGAGCCUGUUGCAGGGCCUUGCCGUCUUCUGCGUGGUCCCAACCACUUUGUCAUCUGGAGUGACUAUGGUGACACAAGCCAAGGGCAACGUCUCUCUGGCGGUCCUCCUCACAACCGUCACCAACCUUCUUGGUGUAGGCACUAUGCCAUGGUCAGUGUCGAAGAUCUUUGAAACCACUGUGCCCAUUAAGCCUUCAGAGAUGCUCUUCGAACUCAUUUGGCUGACCUUGGUGCCCUUGAUCGUUGGGAUGCUGCUCCGUGAGGUGAUUCCAGCGGCCAAAUCCUUUGCCAAGACCAACAAGAAGGUCUUGGGAUUGUGCCAAAACAGUUGCAUCUUGCUGGUGGUGCUGCUGAUGACUUCAAGUGCUCAACCAAAAAUCAUGUCGACAGAUUCUGCCGAUCUGUGGAUGGCCCUGGCUAUUGCGGCAGCCAUUCAUCUUGUGUACCGAGUAGUAGGAUAUGUUUCUGCCACCGCUGCUGUCUUGGAACCUCGCGAGUGGGUCACCGUCGUUUUGAUGUCUAGCCAGAAGUCUCUGCCGGUGUGCGUCUCUGUGAUGUCUGCUUUGCCAGCGGAUUUGCGACGAAACUCCGGGCUCAUGAUUGUGCCGUGCAUCAUGGCGCAUGCCUCACAGCUGAUCAUCGACUCCAUUCUGGCAGUCCGGUUAGCAAAAAUUAGGCUCUAUGCAUCUCUGUGCAACGGCCCCAAUGAUCCCAUUGUCGGCUCUAGCUUCGUACAGCGAUACCACCUCCGCAUUGCUCAGCUCGGCAUGGCCCAACCAGACAACCAGCAAUCCUGCAGUGAGAAGAACAUGCCAUGCGACGCACUGCGGUUUGGGACUUGCAAAAAGGAGGAUGCGAUCAUGAAAAGCUUUGACAAGGAGCUGCCGGGGAAGAAGAUGGCUGCCCAUCGAAAUGAGGAUACCUUCAAUGCCUACAUAGACCGGCUUGAUGUGCGUUGCCGUGGCAGUUCGGCCAUCACUUCUGUUUUUUUGAUUGGUGAAAGACGCGAGCGAGACAUGGGUGAGACAUGGAUGGAAGAUCACCACAAGAAUGCGGUGAAGGCUGAUGUGCAUGAGCACAUUCAUUCUGAACCCCAAGAGAAGUCAUGCUGUGCUACUUGGACAGCCAAGACGGUGGACUCGCCGCAACACUGUUUCGCGGAGUUUCACAGUGCUCAUUUCCAAGGUGGCAGCGCACGCAAAGUUCUGACCUUCGGUUCCCGCCAAAGAGCUGGUCGUACCGAAGAAGAUGAAACCUGCGCGCUGCUCGGGGCAUUUACUGCCUUGCAUUUGAGUCCAUAG